CACUGGAAUGGAAUUAUCUUUUAAUUUUCACAAUUUUUACAGCAUAACAAAAAUAAUAAAUGGUAGAAACUAAAGAAAAAAAUGUAACAUGAUAUUAGCACCGAAGUCGAACAGCGAAUAAACAUACUGAUCAAUCGUUGAUCAUCAGGAUUAAGAUGGACACUUGUUUCAUGCCGCUUUCAUAUUGAGUGACAUGUAAAUAAUUCCAAUCUAAUUAAGCGAUCGAUUGUCCAACAAUUCAAGGAUUGAAACUUCAGGAAAUGACACAGAAAUUGACCUAUUGAUAAUGUUAUUUUAAUUCAUACCGGUUCAAAGAGCAAAUUCUUGAAUAUGUAUUUAUACUUUUAAACCGGAUUUAUACAUUAUCAGAUAUUUAACAUUUGAAAAAAUUUUUCAAAAUAUGAUGAAUUCAUCAAAUCAUGUUCUUUCGGAAACAUCGAUGUCAACGAUUCCCCGACAAAAUGGAAUACAAACACCAUUGACUUCUUUACACUUUAAUUUGGAUCAAGAAGAAAUCUUGAAAAGAGAAUCGAGUAACAAAGAAUCGAUGAUUGAUCAAAAAACCAAAAAUCAGGAACAUGUUGUUUUUAAUAACUCGGAAAUCUCUUACGAGGAAUAUAUAGAAGACACAGAAGAGGUGGAAAAAGAACGAGCGAAAUCCUUCGAUGCACCACGUCGCGUUUUAUCAUUGGUGGAAAAAUGGCGAGAAUGGCAGGUUAUUUCGAUGUACUACGUAUCGAGAUCGGCAACGAUCGUGAUUGAUCACGCCGAUAUCUACGGCAUAGCGACGUAAUGCGAUUCAAGCCAGUCAAUCUGAUUUAUUUGUGUUCGGUAUUUUUCAAUCAGUCAGUUUGGCAAAUGUAUUGAUAUCCAAACACCGCGAUCGUUUUCGAAAUAAAAUUUUUUCGAAUCGCGAAAAAAAUAUUUUUGAUUGGUUUAGAAGGAGGCGAUGGCAGCGUUAGCGGAACAUGAACAACCUGAUAUACACAAGCCAUGGAAAAUUUUACCAAUAGAAAAAAAGAUUGAAGUUCCUCCUGGUAUUGAAGUUCCUAUCCGAAUUGAAGAUAUCAGAGAUAAAAUAAUAAAGGACUUGCAAGAUAAUAUCCGUAUGGAACAACAAUAUGAAAAAGAAAGGAAAGAAUUCGAAGCAGAAGAAGCGAGGAAUCGUCAAAAACAAUUAGAACAGACGCAUGCAAUUCUUUCUCGACACUGGACAGCGUAUAUGAAGAAUAUGUUAAAGUUGGAAGAAGAAGACAAUUGGGUUCGAUAUAUGACUUGUGAUGGUCUUCCGAAUCCUGGAUUGCUAUCUGACAUGAAUACCUUUUUGUUUCUUUGGUCAUUGGAAGAUGAACUUGCAACUAUGGAUACAAUAGAGGAAAAAUGUCGAGUAAUCAUACACGUAAGUAAUAUGUAUAUGUUUCAGCUUUUUAUAAUUACGAUUAAUUAUAAUAUGGCAUUUCAGUUAUUGAAUAAACUUGAUAAAAUUAUUCGCUUUUCCACGUUAAUUACAAAAGAAUAUGUGGCUGAAUACGAAACGAUUGCUGCCCAACUUCGGUUAAAACUGCAACGAUGGAUAGAUCUUGCAUGUUAUCGUAUGUUACGUAACAUUGAGACAAAUAUGACUAGAGAAAAUACAAAAACAACUAGAUACGUUCGGACUAUGAACAAAGCAAUAUGUUGUGUUUGGGCUCCGAUCACGUUACCAAUAGGAAUGAAACCACAAGUAAUGGAAAGAGAUCGAUUAUCGGUACUUCCCGUAGUUGGAAAAUGCAUUGAAAUAGAAUUCAAAGAAAUAAAGUUGAGAAUUAAAAUGCCAAGCAACAUAGAUUGUCAUCGGAUGGCGAUUAGAGGUCUAUGGCUUGCUUACGAUCAUUAUUCGAUUGGAUCGAAUUCUUAUUGGAUGUCCAAACUUCCAGAAUUAUUCGAUUUGUGGAAUCCUGCUCUCGGUCUUUUUGAAUAUUCAGUAAAAGAAUAUGAUGAAAAAAUUCGAAUAAGCGAAGAGCAAGCAGAAGGACGACGUUUGCGAUUAGAAGAGAAAAAAGCGAUACUCGAAAAGUUAGAGUAUCCUUCAGUACCGCGAAUCGAUAAGAGAAAACGUGCUAAAAAGCAAAAAAAAUCUUCGCCGAAAGAUCACCAAACAGAAUUUGAAUCCAUGUUGACUUCAAUAUUACCUUCAAAAUCGGAAUUAUUACCUUAUUUACCCACCCCAAAUGAGAUCAUUCUUGAAAGGGAAGAAAAAGCUAUGUUAGAAAGCAAAAAAUUACUAUUCACUCGAUGCGAAAAAACAGAAGUGAACUUGCGAAAAUAUAGAAUUCUCGGUGGAGUAUUUCGCGUGGAUAUUCUCUAUCAACCACCGCAACCGAAGGAUCUUGGAAAAGAUACUUACUUGACAACUCUUGAGUUACCGAAAGAACCAAAAUUUGUGCCAUUUUAUAAACCAUAUGAAACACCUCGGUCAGAUCCAGAUUCCGAAAGAACGCCGGAAAUUAUCGAAGCUGAAAUGAAAGCUUUAGAAGUGGCAAUGGAUGCAUUAAUCUUGCUUACCCUCAAAUUACCCAAGUCGAUUUUCUGGUUUGAACCACCAGUAGUCGCUCAUUGGCUACCAGAAAAAAGGAUAUGGUCAACAAAAGACAUUCACGAUAUUAAAUACAAUGAAGAGAAACAAACAAUUGCUUUCAGAACUGGAAGAUUGGGUAUUCAUGGAUUAGCUGGAUAUAAAUACGCAAAUCUUCCAUUUCAAAGUUGGGAAUUAAAACCAGAAACGAAAAAAAGUGGCUGUGUUCACAUUGGAGUAAUUCUCACUGUUACAGCUGCUAUAGUUCAAGCUGAAUUUCUUAUCAGGGAAGAUCAAGUUUGUUUAAAAUCAUUCACCGGUACCACGUGUACACCGCUUGAAGAAAUUCUCGGUGAAUAUUUCGAAUUAGAAUAUUUAAUCGAGCGGUUACAACAGGUUGGAUGUGAUCUUUUUCCGGAACGAGAUGCUGCCAGUUAUUUGAAAGGACUUCCAAUAAAACACCCGAUUGCAGAGAAACACUUAAGAGAGUGUAUGGCUCUUUUAUCUACUUCUUAUAUUUUUUCGUGGUCACGAUGGAAUGCGACUCGAGACUUUCGAGAAAUAGUUUUACAAUUCAAAGAAGCACAUGGUUGUAUUGCUAAAGAGCGUACAAAUCUAACGCUUUUGGUGACACCUUCGCGAACUAUGCGUAUACGUUGUACUGAAGUCAGUUCUGAAUUUUCCGAUUUACCGCUCGAGGAUCAAGAUACUAAGUACUAUGCCGAUCUCUAUCAACUGGCAUUACAUACUGCCGGAAUCAAGACUCGAUUGUUAACGAAACAGAUUACAUAUAAAUUAGCAUCAACAGUCACUCAGCUUCUUGAACGUACCAAUGUAAUCAGCAUGUCUUCUUAAUCCGAUCAAAUAUCAUUUGUCAAAAUGAAUACUAUAUAAAUGUUUCAUAAAAAAUAAAAGGGAAAUAAAAUUUAAUAAAAAAUUCGUUUCUCAAACGAAAUUCUCUUUAUUCGGAUAUACAACGUAUGUCGAGCAUAAAGCAAUAUUCAGGAAAUAAAUAUCUCCGUUCGAUCAAUUUAUCAACGAUAUUAAUAUUUAUAAAACAAUAUUUCGAAGGAAACACAUAGCGAUAUCGAAUUUAUGGCUAGAAAGUUAAUGGAUGUAUUUUAUUCUUGGGUUGGAAGAAUAAAAUAACAGAAUAAAAUAGAUACGUAGAUAAGACUGAGUCGGUUAUUAGAUUCGAGAUGAAAGAAUGAGAUAUGAAGCAAAUAACAUAUUCAUUAAGGAUUUAUGAGAUUUGAUCAAUAAAAUAUAAUAUAAAUAAGCAAUACAACAACAAGUAAAUGAUAGUGCAUUAAAUCUGCAUUAAAUCAAAAAAUAUGAUCAAAAUAGUAUUUCACGAACUUAGCUACAAGAAUUUGAUUAAUGCAAAUAUCUUGUUAAGCAGAUAUUUAACUAAGCAAAUCUAGCUACGCGGAUUUGUUUAUGCGAUUUUCGACAAUGAAUGAUAUGCAUCAUCGCAAAACUGCAAUUAUAUUUCGAACGGAGUUCGUUUCUUUUUUCGUUUGUUAUAUAUCCUCCCCUCCCCUCUUCUUUUUCCCCCCUCCUUUCGUUUUCUAUCAUUUGUAAAUACAUAGUAUUUAUUAAAAAAAAUUUUUUUUUAAUAUUUUGCUCUAUUCAUCUUCCUUCUUUUUCCAUUUUUCUUCUUAAUUUUUUUCUUAAUAGAACAAUUCUGUGUAUAUAUAACAAGCAAAAGAAGUAAAAAAUAUAUCAUGUAUUUACAAGGAUAGGACAUAAUCGAUCGUGAAAUUUCUCUCUAUCAUUUGUUCGCUUUUGUUUUACCUUCUUUUCUCUUCUUUUUUUUUCCUUUUAUAUUCUUAUAUUUGUGCUUACUUCUUUGACUUGAUCAAUAGAAUUCUGUUCAUUUUAUCUAUCAUUUCUACGCAUAUAUUUUCACUGUAUAUUCUAACGCACAGCAUAUCAAAUAAUACAUUGUCACAAAAAUUUCCUCUUCUGUUUCGAAGAGAUAAAAUAUGAUCAAAGAUCAUGUAUCAUUUUAUAUUUACUAUGUUUUCUAUCUAACAUUUAUGUUUCUAAAUAUUCUCUUCUCUAAUAACAAUUUUUCAAAUUGUUUUAUUUAAAUGAAAUCAAGCUUCUCACCUUUUCCUUAUUUUUCAACUCUUUUUUUUUCCAUUUAGAACU